CUCUAUCUCUGUCUCCAUCUCUAUCUCUCUCUCUGUCUCUCGCUGUGUUUCGAAUUGACGAUGGAGACCAUGAGAGCCACUGGUUUAGUUUGUCAGUCGAGUCUCGUUGAGUUCAAACGCUCUUCGUUGCCUCGCAAAACCCUAACCCCUCAUCCUCCGACUGGCUCUCGUGUCUCUCUUCCUUUUCGUAAUCAUGGAUCGUUGUUGUUGCUCAGAAUGGCAGAACAUUCCAAAAUUCCAAUGGCUGUUUCUCAGAAUGCCUCUGUGGCAUCUCAGCUUGUCUCCGUGAAGAACAAGAUCACGAAUCCAAUCGUCGUCAUCGAUAACUAUGACAGCUUCACCUACAAUCUCUGUCAGUAUAUGGGAGAGCUGGGUUGCAACUUUGAGGUUUACCGGAAUGAUGAGCUUACUGUGGAUGAAUUGAAAAAGAAAAAUCCAAGAGGAGUGCUUAUAUCCCCCGGACCAGGCACACCUCAAGAUUCAGGAAUAUCACUGAAAACUGUAUUGGAACUUGGACCUACUGUACCUUUGUUUGGUGUCUGUAUGGGACUGCAGUGCAUUGGGGAGGCUUUUGGAGGCAAGAUUGUGCGUUCUCCUCAUGGUGUUAUGCAUGGAAAAAGUUCCCUUGUCUAUCAUAAUGAGGGUGGGGAAGAUGGCCUAUUUUCUGGGUUAUCAAACCCUUUCACUGCGGGUAGGUAUCAUAGCCUUGUGAUUGAAAAGGAGAGUUUUCCCCAUGAAGCACUUGAGAUGACUGCAUGGACAGAGGAUGGACUGGUAAUGGCUGCUCGCCACAAAAUAUAUAGGCAUCUAUUGGGGGUUCAAUUUCAUCCAGAAAGCAUCAUAACCUCCGAGGGGAAGAUGAUUGUUAAAAAUUUCAUCAAACUGAUAGAGAAAAAGGAAGAAGCUGAAUCUCAGGAAUAGGGGGUUAGAUAUAAAGCCAGUUUUAAUGUAAAAUAAUAUCACAUGUUUCUUAAAAAUUUUAAAAUUUUCGUGUCCUCUCUUGUUGUGGCUUCAUUGGUGUGAGCUUGUCAUGAGAUAGCUUCUUGAAACUUAUGAACCAUUGUAUGUUGGGAAAAUGCUUUACAAACUAAUAAAAACAAAAAUAAUUUGGGAUAAGUAAA